GCGAGGCCGCAGGAGCAUCACCGGCCACCCUUCCAUCACGGCAUGAACCUGCAGGGACUGCCCUACAAGAUGUACAGCGCCCACGACACCAUGCUGACGGAGAAGCGGAAGCAGCGGCGCAUCCGCACCACUUUCACGUCGGCGCAGCUGAAGGAGCUGGAGAAGGCCUUUCAGGAGACUCACUACCCAGACAUCUACACCCGUGAAGAGAUCGCCAUGAAGAUCGACCUCACGGAGGCCAGGGUCCAGGUGUGGUUUCAAAACCGGCGGGCAAAGUUCCGGAAACAGGAACGCAUGAACCAGCAGAAACAGGCGGUCAACAACAACAACACGGGAGACGCGGGCGCAGGCGGCCAGGCGAACAAAACGGAUGGCAAGCCACCGACUGGACAGAGCAAGGACACGAAACCGACUCCGCCCGGUCAGGAGCUGGACUCCAAACCACACCCUCCAGUCUCGUCCCCGGACGUCAACAAGUGGGCCCCUGUGGCGGGCAGCUCCAACAGUCCGUCCCCGCACCAGGUGGCGCCUCCGCCACCACCGCCUCCGCCGCCUCCGCCGCCUCCGCCGCCCCGGUCUGGCCAGAACACGCCGCCGCCACUCAGCACCGCCAGUCACGUGUACGGCCCGCCGCCGCCGCAGAGUGCCCUGCCCGGCGGACCCUUCUCCAGCCUGCUGAACUCGGCCGCGCCCUACCUGCUGGGCGGCGAGACGCGGGCACUGACCCACCACCACCUGUUCUGAGCGGCGAGGCUGGGAUCGGCCCGUCACCGUCUCCUCUGAUUAGCGGGACUGCGAACUGAACUACCAUCUUUUCUUCUGAGCGACUGUCUGUUCCGAGCGACGAAAACAGGUAACUGACCCACCACCGUCUCUUCUGAGCAGCGAGAGCCGAAGACUGACCCA